CAUUGUACUCCAUCAUACUCUUCUGCGUCUUUCUGUGGAUUCCUUUUGUCUAUUUCUAUUACGAGGAGAAAGAAGAGGAUGAUGGCAACACGUGCUCACAGGUUAAGACGGCAUUCAAAUAUACUCUGGGAUUUGUCACAGUUUGUGCAGUUCUUCUCUUAAUUGGUGCUUUUGUUCCUCUGGAUAUUCCCAACAAGAAGAAUUCCACGGAGUGGGAGAAGGUGAAGCUCCUGUUUGAAGAAUUUGGAAGUAGUCAUGGCUUGACUGCUCUUUCAUUUUCCAUUAGUUCCUUGACUGUGAUUGGAAUGUUGGCAGCUAUCACUUACACAGCCUAUGGUAUGUCAGCUUUGCCCCUAAACUUGAUUAAGGGAACUACCAGUGCAGCUUAUGAACGUUUAGAGAACACUGAAGAUAUUGAAGAAGUGGAGCAACAUUUACUAAGGAUUAAAUCAAAGUGCAGAGAUGGUCGGCCUCUGGCAUCAAGGGAUAGACGGACUUUACAGCAACUAGAAGAGAGACUGAGGACACUUCGAAGAAGAGAGAGGCAUCUGGAGUCUAUUGAGAAAAGCUGGUGGACAAAGUUCUGCGAAGCUAUCCGGCCUUUGAAGAUUGUUUGGGGAGUAUUCUUCAUCAUUGUGGCACUGCUCUUCACUGUUUCGCUGUUCUUGUCAAAUUUGGACAAAGCUCUACAUUCGUCUGGCUUCGACUCAGGAUUUAUAAUUUUGGGGACUAAUCUCACCAAUCCAUUAAAUAUGCUGUUACCUGUUCUUCAAACAGUUUUUCCACUUGAUUAUAUUCUUAUUACAACUAUUGUUAUGUACUUUAUCUUCACUUCAAUGGCAGGGAUUCGAAAUAUGGGUAUAUGGUUCUUCUGGAUAAGGCUUUAUAAAAUUAGACGAGGAAAAACUCGACCUCAAGCACUCUUGUUUCUGUGCAUGAUACUUCUGUUGAUAGUUCUUCAUACAAGUUACAUGAUCUACAGUCUUGCACCUCAGUAUGUAAUGUAUGGAAGCCAGAAAUACCUGGUACAGAGUAAUAAGACAAUUGAUGGCCAGCAAAGGAAUGUGACAUUUGUGUCUAAGGACUGUGAUGCAGAUGCACCAGAAGAUCAGUGUAUUGUUACUCGGACGUACCUCUUCCUUCAUAAAUUCUGGUUCUUCAGUGCUGCCUAUUACUUUGGGAACUGGGCAUUCAUUACAGUCUUUUUAAUUGGAUUAAUUGUUUCAUGCUGCAAAGGCAAGAAAUCGGUCAUUGAAGGUGAAGUGGAUGAAGAUGAUUCAGACAUGAGUGAUGAUGAACUGUCUAUUUACUACCACUGAUAACAUUUUGCCUUCAAGAUGGAAAAAUAUAAUUUAAUGUUAUGUUGAAAGUCAUACCCGUGUGGAACUGUUAUCCAAAUAAGCAUCCUUGCACCUGUAAAAAUAGAGGAGAUGUGUACUCAAUUAAAGAAGUAAAAAAACAGAAUAUCACUUUUUGAGUAUCACUGUUAUAUCAUAACAAGUAUUGAAGCUGGAAUAAUGUAUUGAAAAUAUUGUUUUAUGAUGAAACAACAUACAUGUAAUUUUCUGAUGUAUAAUUUGAUGAACUAUUGUAACGAUUUCAUAAUUCAUGAUGCUUUUC